AUGAAAAUUCGUAAAUUUAGGUCAGAAAAUCCAUUUACGGUGGAUUCAGCGAAUUCCAGUUCAGUAUCGCAUAGCGAUUUUAUGAUUAUAAAUACGCCAUUUUCAUCUUCGAUUGGAGGAAUGCCCACCUCAAAUGACAUAUCUGAGGGAUUUAUCAGUCGAGCUCAACGAACAGCUCAAGAUUGGGAAUUAAGUAGCGAAGUAUAG